UACGCGUCACCAUCGGAAGACGAUAUUGAUCAUGAAGAAACCGUAGAAAAUGAAUCUGUAAAGGCAAAUGAUAAACAAAAUGGAAAAGGAGAAAGGCAGAGACAUCGUAAUAAACAGUUGCGUAUGUCAGGGAAUGCAUACAAAGGAAUGAAAAAAGUGGAUGGGAAGUGGGGAUUCCAUGUUGAAAAGUCCGCAAGGACGUUGUCUGAAAAAGGUGUUCAUCACGCUGCCAAACCUCUAAUAUAAAAAAUUGCAAAACCGUAACAGAAGCAGAUAGGAGAGAGAUAUUUACUAAUUUUUGGACAAACAUGACAACAUGGGAUGAAAGGCGUGUAUAUGUAAACUCGCUUAUAAAUGCUAAAGCAGUGGAGGAACCUACACUUGAAAAUGGAAAACCAAGUAGAAGAACUCGAACCCUCACAUACCAUCUAAGAAUUAAUGAAGAGCGUAUUGUCGUAUGUAAACAACUAUUUUUGUCAACUCUUGGACUAGGGGAGCAGACAGUAUAUCAAUGGAUAGAACAGUCAAUAUCGGGUGUACCAGAUAGAUCAGCUGAGAAAAAGCAGAAGCAGUCAGAUACAAGAAAGAAAGCUCAAGAAGAAAGACACGGCCAGCUACGUAUGAGUGUCAAGCAAUUUCUUGAAAGCAUCCCUAGAAUGGAAUCUCAUUAUUGCCGUUCAUCGACUUCGAAGACCUACCUUGAACCUGUAUUUAACUCUCUGACCUGCUUGUAUAAAGAAUACGUGAAACAUUGUAAUGAAAGGGUAUGUGCGAGUCGUAGAGUAUUUACCGAAGUUUUCGAGAGCCUAAAUAUUGGUCUAUUUGUGCCAAAAAAGGACCAGUGUGAUAUCUGUGUAGGUUUGAUGCAGGUAAUAUAUCCGCUGAUAUUUACAACGAACAUCAGAAUAGAAAAAUAAAUUCACGAGAGGAGAAAAACCGUGACAAGUUAUUUUGUCAAACAAACCACUCAGUGAAAGUUCUUACAAUGGACGUACAAGCAGUUCUACUUUCGCCAAAAAUGAAUGCAAGCGCAUUGUAUUAUAAAACCAAAUUAGCAUGCCAUAAUUUCACUUUGUAUGACCUUAUAACGAAGCAGGCGACCUGCUACUUUUGGCAUGAAGGAAUGGGGGAUCUUUCGGCUAAUUCCUUUGCUUCUUGCUUGGCUGACUACAUUGAAAAAAUGAUUUCCAAAGAUGAAGAAAUCAAACACAUCAUUAUAUAUAGUGAUGGAUGUACCUAUCAAAAUAGGAACUUGGUAAUGUCAAACACUUUAUGUCACUUGGCUAUGACUCUUGACCUUGAAAUCACACAAAAGAUCCUCGAAAAAGGCCAUACUCAAAUGGAGGUGGAUUCAGUACACAGCGUAGUGGAGAGGAAAAUAAAGAACAAGAAUGUUUAUGUGCCACAACAGUAUGUUGACUUCAUCAAGGAAGCCUGUCCCUCUAACCCAUAUAUCGUUGAAUACGUUGGCUACGAUUUUUUCAAAGCAUACUCGGAGUUGGGCUACU